AUGGUGCAUGCAAGUGCACGUAAUGUUCCAAGUGGUGGUGGCCACGAUGAGCAAAAGCUGGACGUGCAUGCAAGUGCACCGCGUGCAGAAUCACCUAGAAGCAAUGGUGUUGGUGACAAGAAGCACUUUGUGUUUGGAGGAGUUGGUGGAUUUGCUGGGGUGGGUGGUUUCGCUGGUGUUGGGGGAAUAGGGAAGUCUGGUGGGGCUGGUGGCAUUGGAAGGUUUGGAGGACUCGGUGGUGGGCUUGGUGGAGGAAUUGACAAGUUUGGUGGAAUCGGUGGUGCUGCAGGAAUUGGCGGGUUCCAUGGUAUUGGUGGUGGAGCAAAAGGACUUGGAGGUGCUGGUGGUGGUGUAGGUGGCUUAGGUGGUGGUGUUGGAGGCUUGGGUGGUGCUGGAGGAGCUGGUGGUGGUGGAGGCUUGGGUGGUGUUGGUGGUGGGGGGGUUGGAGGCUUGGGUGGUGGAACUGGUGGAAUGGGAGGUUUAGGUGGCGGUAGCGGUGGAGGAGGCGGCUUAGGUGGGGCUGGUGGAGGCUUAGGUGGAGGAGGUGGUGGUGUUGGGGCUGCUGGUGGAGUGGGUGGUCUAGGUGGAGUGGGUGGUUUGGGUUGUGGUGUUGGAAUCUUUCCCCACUGUCAUGAUCCUUGA